UCCAUUCUCUGAAACCCCAAAGAUGAACGCAACACAAUAAUAUUACGUAAUGAAUUUCUUAAGCAUUCAAGUCACGUGAGUCGGACAUUCUAUUAGUUUAGCAGAUUGCAUCACAGUGAAACACAUUUGGUGCUGGUUGAAGACAUCUAGUUUCCAACAAUUUUAUCAUCUGUGCUCGAGUUCAAUUGCUAAUCAUCUUCAAGAAAUCAUCACAGACUACUCUAUGAUCAAGAUGAUUGCCAAAUCCCUAAUAUGCACAGAUUCCUAGAUUUCACCAAAGAAAGUCCUCCUCCUCUUCCUAACAAUUUUGCUGGAACUUCAGUGUUGCCUGCAAAUCACAACAGCAUGCACCGUCUUUGUUUAUAGACGCAUUUCAUCGAUCGUGUGUCGCUUUGAAAUGGAGGAGGAAGGAAAUGGACUAUUGACUACUCAAAAAAUGUAUGAAAUCUGCCAGACUUGUAAUAACCAGAAGAAGAAAACUGAAAAUCAACUUGGCAAUCAGGAAUCGUUUGAAUCAGGCACUGUCCAAGGCCAAACAUUUAGUAAAGAAAAAGUUAAAGCAAGUUUAACAAAUCCGUUUAGCAACAAGUUGCACAAUUUCAAACAAAUCUUUGAAAGCACCAAGAACAAUUCUACAAGCACAGAAUGCUUUGAGAAAAAAGGACUCUUGCAGAGGAUGCACAGCCUCUCUCUACUCAAGUCAAAGGAAAAAAUCACAGAUCCAGUUAGUCAAAUUAUCGAAGUGUGCCAGUGUGAUAAUGGAAUGACUGAAAAUAUUGAUACAAGAUUUCACACCUGGCCUGAAAGAGGCAGGGACAAAGUCAAGAGUCCGAAGAAGACAUCAGUGGAAACUCACAAAGAAGUUGAUGAUGGUAUUUCUGAUGAUGUUUUUCAGGAAGAAUUGCCUGUUGUACAUGAUCCUUAUAGUAAACAAAUAAGAGUUGUACAAGCUGAAGUGCUGAAGGAUGAACAGCUAUUCAAGAAAGAGAUGGGGCAUAGACGACAACCAAGCUUGCUUAGUAAUGUAAGCAGCACAGGAAGUGAAGUCCAUUUGCCACUGAUGCCAUUGAACAGUAACCCUCACUCUCACACCAGUUUGUCGAGUUUGAGUAACUAUAGUUCAUCCACAGACUUUACUGAACACACAAAUUCUUUGGAACGUUCCUGCGAACCUCCUCGAUUCGGGCUAGCUUCGUUUUGGACACGUGCGUUCACUCGCAAAACAGACAACGAUCAUUCAGCUGCAUCAUGGAAACUUUUCAGUCGAACUAGUUUUUUUCAAAAAUCUCGAAGUGGGCAAAGUAGUUGCAGCAGUCUCAACAGUAGUAGUAGCCCGACCUUGAACCCACGAAGCAUCGGCUCUACUGGUCUAAUAUUGCAUAGUCGCCCUUCUUUCCUGCCGGCAAAGUGCCCAGAAGAAGAGCUUCAUCAUCAGAUCUUACAUCACAAGCUCUUGGAAGAAUCUCAACGUAGAGAGCAAACCAAACUUCAAGAAAAGGAAAAACGAAUUGAAGAGCUGUGUAAACAAGAAGAGCAAGUUGCUGCUGCCACAAAAAUCUGGACAUCAGAAAUCCUUCCACAAUGGGAGAUAACACGCAAAUUGCGUAAAACUCGUGACCUUUGGUGGCAAGGAUUGCCUCCUUCUGUACGUGGUCAGGUGUGGAAACUCUCCAUUGGAAAUGACCUUAACGUUACUCCUGAGUUAUUCGCGUUGUGUCUUGAACGAGCCAAAGAGAAGUUGAUCAACUGCGACGGUGUGGGCCUAGAGAGCAGCGUUGAAGGGAUCAAGUUAGAUCUUUCCAGGACAUUCCCUCAUUUGGGAAUUUUUCAGAAAGGGGGACCUUAUCACAACGUUCUUGGUGAUCUGCUGAGCGCCUACGUUUGUUUCCGACCAGAUAUCGGUUACGUCCAAGGCAUGUCUUUUCUAGCCGCGACGCUCUUGCUCAAUCUGGAAGUUUCAGAUGCCUUUAUCAGUUUCUCCAACCUCCUCAACCGCCCUCUUCUCCAUGCUUUCUUCCGCCUCGAUCACGCAAAGAUGGCGGACUUCUAUGCCGGCUUUGAAGCUCUGCUCAAAUCUCAGCUUCCCAAAGUCUAUUCGCACUUUCUGGCGUUGAAUCUCACACCAGAUCUGUAUCUUCAGGAAUGGAUCUAUACUCUAUAUUCUCGUUCAUUGCCUCUUGAUCUUGCUUCAAGAGUAUGGGAUGUUUACUGUAGAGAUGGGGACGAUUUGAUAUUUCGAAUUGCAAUAGGUAUAUUGAAAUUGUACGAGUCUACUUUACUAGAAUCGGACUUUAUCCAUUCCGCUCAGUUGCUGACCAAUCUACCUGAAGACAUUGACGGGAUCAAGCUUUUCAAAAUCGUCGAACAAAUUGGCGCUUACCAAGAGAAAUCUCGUUUUACACAAAUGUUAACUCAUCACUUUAAAGUGAAAGGUCAUACGUAAAAUUCAACAAACAUCACAACCUCAAGAGAUUGGUAUUGCGGAGCUUGUACUCAUUCGUGUCUUCCGUCAAAUACUCUGAGACUGAAUAUUGAUGUGUAUAUCCAAUAAGUGUAAAUUGUUCAUUAUGUAAAGCCUGUUAUUUUUGAAGAAUGUUUAUGUAUCUAUUCGCUUGUAUUUUUAAUGCACUAUCGGUGCAUAUAUGCGAUCAUGUUGAUGUUGGUAACGAUCAGUAUGAUUGGGAUUUUGUUUUAGACAGCACCUGUCUGUAUAGGCCACACAAUUCUGGCUGGGCACAUUGUAAAGCAGGACAAAACUUUCUGUCCAAUCUAUUUACUUAAUACAUGAAUUCCAUCGAUUA